UUUCUUUUUUUCCUUCUUUCUUUCUUUCAAGUCAUACUGCUAUAAGGGGAUAUGAAAAAACUUAUUCUUUAUAUAGCACUUUUACAACUUAUUGUAUCAGUUACUUGCCAGAUAGACUGGUCGAAGCCAGUAGCAAACGUCUGUCUUGAGCUAUAUGCACCUGAUUUUGGAGCAAACAAUGGCAGGAUUGGUAUCUCGAAGGAUGGCUAUGGCAAAUGGGCAUUAGAUAGUGAUAAUCCUUGGCGUGAACGCUACUUUAGGUUCUACAAGUGGGAUAGAGGCUAUAUGAGAAGCAGAGUUGAAAAUAUAUGGCCUGUUGAUGCAGUUGUCUUGAAAGGAAAAGCUGGCUAUUAUAUCAAGACAGGUUGCGAUGACUAUAGCGUUUAUGAACCAUGGGACUGGGAAUCAGCAGAUCUUCUUAGACUUUCUUAUGUAGAAGGAAGUAGAAGGUUUAAGAUCUGUCACUUCGAAUGGCCUGAUAUAUGUUAUGGAAGAAAUUAUAAUCAUAAGCUUCAAUGGAUUUAUAGUGAUACUUAUGGAAGUGACCAUAUAGAGUUUGAAGCAUGGCCUGUAGAUGAAAGCUAUUGUACGGAACAAGACGGCUAAAUUACAAAAUAAUAAUAAAAAAGCUCAUCUUUUUUUUCUUUCCUACUAUAAUGUGUGUGUCAUGUAUAUGCUUGAUACUCUUGCUAUUCGUAAAACAACAAAGAUAAUCAGAACAGACAGAACGGUGCCUCUAAAGGCUAUGUGUUCAAACUACUAGACGAACAUUAUAAAAUUAUGUAUGAAGUAUAAAAUGGGAAGUUUGUUAUUAAGGAGGUGAAGACCAUUAGUGAAUUUACAGAAAGUCUGUUUGCUGCACGAAAAUUGAGGAGCGAGAAAUCAAAAAAUGUAAUUCAAAGUUCAGUCAAUUCGCAAUCAUUUAAAUGGAG